UCUUUUCUUUUUCCCUUCCUCCCCCAGUCCUUCCAAAGACAACAGCUUUCACAAUGGCCUUCGGAAAGAUUUACGGUCAGCCUGUAUGUGCUCUUAGUUUUUUUCUCUUCGGCUUCCUCUCAGUCAUCAUCUAAACCGAUGAUACUUUUCUGACGAUCCGAUCGUCGUGGGGGUUACCUUGGGGAACGCCCGGCUAAUAGGUGACUCUACACAGAACAACGGUCGCACCAUCGCUGCCCUCGUCGCGGCUAAGGCCAACGACGUUGAGCUCGAGCUGGUGCAGACUGAGGCCAACGCCGAGGCCGAGUUCAACAAGUCUGCUGAGUACACCAAGCUCAGCCCCCUUGGCAAGAUCCCUGCUUUCGAGGGUGCCAAUGGUUACACUCUCUCCGAGGCCAUUGCCAUUGCUGUCUACGGUACGUGUUUUGUGUGAGAGGCUUCCUUCCCUCUAGUAUUAUUCUAUCCUGCUUUACCGCCGCUUGAUAUGAUGAGCGAUAUUAUUCCAAAUAAACUAGUUAUCCCUGGCAGAACAACAGUGUUGAUGAACCAAACUCUGAAAAUUUCUUCGAUUACCCCGCAUAUGUUGGGCAAUCUCUUUCGUGGCGCCUUUUCGAGAUCUUAGUGCUUUGAGAGUUGUACAUUUCCUGAACAUGGCUAAUUAUGGCUCAGUGACCUCCCAGAAUGAGAAGACCACCCUCUUGGGUAAGACCAAGCAGGACUACGCUUCCAUCCUCCGCUGGUUGUCCUUCGUCAACGCGGAGGUUCUCCCCCGCCUCGGCGCUUGGUACCGUCCCCUCUUGGGCUUGGACGGCUACAACAAGAAGAAUGUUGAGGAAGCUUCCAAGGCUGCUCUGAAGAACAUCUCCGUUUUGGAGAAGCACCUAACUGUCAACACCUUUCUCGUUGGCGAGCGUAUCACCUUGGCUGAUAUCUUCGCCGCCUCUCUCAUCACCCGUGCCUUCGCCACCGUUUUGGACAAGAAGUUCCGUUCUGAGAACCCUGCUGUCACUCGUUGGUUCCAGACUAUUGUCAACCAGCCCUACUUCAAGGCUGUUGUUGAGAACCCUGUUCUUGUUGAUGAGGUCAUCAAGUACACUCCUCCCAAGAAGGAGGAGAAGCCCAAGAAGGAGGCUGCUCCUGCGCCUGCUGCCGAGCCCAAGCCUGAGGGUGAGCAGAAGAAGCCCAAGCACCCACUUGAGGCUCUUGGCAAGCCCGAUUUCAUCCUCGAUGACCUCAAGCGUACCUACUCCAACGAGGAUACCCGUCCCGUUGCUCUCCCUUGGUUCUGGCAGAACUUCAAGGCCGAGGAGUACUCCCUGUGGAAGGUUGACUACAAGUACAACGAGGAGCUCAAGCUCACCUUCAUGGCCAACAACCUGAUCGGUGGUUUCCACGCUCGUCUUGAGGCUUCCCGCAAGUACCUGUUCGGUGCUCAGUCUGUCUACGGCACCAACUACAACUGUGUCAUCCGCGGUGUCUUCCUGGUCCGUGGUCAGGAGUUCAAGCCUGCCUUCGAUGUCGCCCCCGAUUGGGAGAGCUACGACUUCGAGAAGCUUGACCCCUCCAAGGAGGAGGACCGCAAGUACGUCGAUGACAUGUGGGCUUGGGAUGUCCCUGUCACCGUCGACGGCAAGGAGUACCCCUGGGCUGACGGCCACGUCUUCAAAUAAGCUAGUGCAUUAGGUCCUGUGGCAAAUUCAUGAUGUUACGUCCUAAUUUCUUAUCGUUGGGUGGCCUUCCUCAUAUUCGGCCUAAAAAAACUUCACAUCACUUAUACCCUAGGGCUGGAGAGUACUACGAUUCAACACGACUUUUGGUUCAGGUUUUCUGCAUCGUGCCGCCCGUACAGGUCUCCGCCCCAUCCAUAUCCCGUCUAAUGUUCACACUGCCCAUGACGGUUUACGCUUUCUGAAAAACUUUUGAUCAUGACACGCUUACGAAUUGAGAUGUCGGAUGAUGCAGUAGCUAGCCUAGUUUAGCACUAAAUAGCACUUAUGUGCUCAAUCA